AUGUCUUCUUCCGCUGAUGCUAUGCUCUCUGCCCUGGACGAUCUGGACAGAUGCGACAUCGCUACACUAUUGCAUCAUCUGCUCCCCCGCCUCGACAGUCUUGAAAAGGCCUGCCAAACGCUUCUGGAAAGGACUGCUCCGAAGUCCAGCUGCCUAUUUUGCACUGUGGACGAGAAUCGUGACAAUCACCAUUCCGGGAGAUGUCCACGGUUCCCGGAUCCAAUCUCCAAAACAGCACAGGCGACAAAGCUGAACCUGUGCCUCCUCUGCCUAAAAGCGGCACACGAGGACACAUGUGGAGUGAAGUGUGGAAGUUGUGGCCUUGGCCACAAUUUUCUGCUUUGCUCCUCCAAAAGACCGCAGCCACCCACGAAGCGGCCAUACAAGAAAUGUGGUUAUGAAUGCAUUGGACGAGUUCAGCUGGUGUGCGACUUACAUCCAACAUCGCUCUCGUUGAUGGAUAUGCGAGAGUGCGGCAAUCCCAUCUGUAGGAGUAUACAGAUCUUCGAAGCUGUCUCGUUCAACGAGGGCGAGAUUCUACCAUAG